AUGUUCAGUAGGUUGGUACUACUACGAAAAGUUAGUAUAUCACUUGGUCGAUACUAUUCUUCACAGGCACAUCCCCAAACAUAUAUUUAUAACUUGUUAAGUAAAUCAAAAUGUCGAUCGUGUGGGAUUCAAUUACAAGAUAAAUACCCCGACAAACCAGGGUUUUAUCGUCUACCUGGUCAAAACGAUAAUAAUACUGAUAACAAAUCUAAAACUUCUGAAUUGAAUAAAAAAUAUGAAAAGAUACUACAAAAUUUGGAUGUAUCAGAUAGAAAUUUAUUAAUCAACAAUUUUAGUGCACCAAAACAGGAGCAUGAGAAAAUUACAUCGGUACCAAGUUUACAACAGGUAACACCAGUUGAAGAAGAUGCUUGUGACACAUUAGAAGUUCAAAAAACUCAGCAGGGACAAAGUUUAAGUUGUAAACGUUGCAAUGAUGUUAUUUAUAAUUCCAAGAAUAAAAGUGUGUAUGACCCAAAGCGAGAUAAUUUAAACAAGUCAGAAUUCCCCAUUCCUAAAUUACAACAAGUGUUAUCUACUAUCCCAAUAGAUGCUCCCUUGGUUUAUGUUUUCAGUGCAAAUGAUUUCCCCAUGGGGAUAAAUCAAGAGAUUUUCCAAUAUCGACCACCACAACAGAUUUUCUUUGUUAUGACAAAGAGUGAUAUUUUGAUCCCAAAAACAAACGUUGCCUUUUAUAAUAAUUUUAAAAAGUUUUUACAAAACUAUAUGUUUAAACGAUUCAAUGUGCCUCGAGAAAAUGUUUUCAUUGCUUCGGGCAAAGAUCGUUGGAAAAUGAAUGAUUUAUAUCAUUUUAUCCCCAAUUAUGCAUAUAUUAUUGGUGAUACAAAUUGUGGUAAAUCAACAUUAGUGAAAAGUUUAUUAAUCAAUCAUCAUGUUAAACAUUGGAAAUAUGAGGCUCGUCAACAAAGGCAAAACGAAAGGCCGAACGGUAAGCAAUCUUCUUCCGCCUCAUUGAAAAAUAAAGAUUUUAAACAAUUGGAUAGACUAAUUGAUUCAUUCAGCUCCAAAAAUGGCCCAGGAACUUCACAUAUUCCUGGAUUCACUCGUGAUGUAGUUCCUGUUGAUAUUGAUGGUAUUAAACAACUAUUUGAUGUUCCAGGUUUUACCACAAAUGAAAAUAUGCAAGAUAUUUUUGAUAAGUUGAAUCACAAGCAGAUUGCUCGAAUAACUAAAGGGACAAGCACUUUUAAAUACGGAUCAUUGAAAUCGAAAUUUGAUACCAUUAAAAAUGGACAAGUGUUGAGUUUAAAUGGAGUGGGUUAUUUACAGUUCCCAGGACAAGAUUCAAUGUAUCAAAUACGAAAUGUCACCAGGUUUGCAUUACAUAAAUUUAAAAAUCUUGAAAAAGUUGAUUCAAUUUUACAACGCAAUGAAAUUCCCACAUCGAUGAGUAGUCACUUUAUUGUCAAUCGUCAACAACAACAGCAACAACGAAAUGAAAUACGUGGUUAUUAUAAGCGAUACAUUGUGCCACCAUUUUAUGGUACCAUUGAUUUAGUUAUUAAAGAUAUUGGAUAUAUCAAUAUUAAACCUACGGGGAAAAAAUUAACUAAUGAGUUAAUGGUGUUAUAUUUACAUCCUAGUUUAGAAGCAAUCAUUCGUCAACCAAUUUUGAAUUAUAUUGAUCCUCCAUCUCCGAAAAAAUUGAUUGAUGGAACCAAAAUGAAAAGUUUUAUUACUAGUGACAUUGGCAAGACUCCAUUUUAUAGUCGUUUGAUACCAAGCAAAAUUCCCCUGGAUCCAUCUUCAUUCUUGGCGCUGUCCCCAUCAUCUGAUUAUAAUCAAUUGAAUCAGUAUUUACAAAUUGAUGAAUCAAGUGAAUCUGCCUACAAUGAUAUUCUUGAAUUGGAUGAAACUAAUAAAUAUGAUUAUUGGAUUGAAUGA